UGAUUAAAAAAUAUGAUCAGAAUAGCCAUGAAACGAUGACAUCAACACAUAGCAUUGAAAAAGAAAAAAAAAGUGAAAUAUCUUAUGAUUCAUCUGGGGAUCACUUAAAUAACGAAAAAGAUUCUGAGAAUUUGAAUGGUGCUAAAUAUUGGAAGAGUGGUGUAACAAAUAAUAUAAAUCCUGUAUUUUCCGAAGUUUGUGCCACAAUUUGUCCCGACUUGCUACACACCGCUUCACAAAAAUACUGGGGGGAAGUCUUUGAAGUGAUUCAAAAAUCGUCUUCAAUAACAUGGUCUCAUGGAAUGUUUGGUGUUUAUUUAAAGGGAAGUCUUGAUGAUGUCGUAAAAGCAGGAGAGUUGCUUUUAUUACAUUGGCAGAAGAAGUUUGAAAAUGUUACUAGUGACAAUACUGACGUUCCGCAAGAAACAGUCGUCAGCGUUGACAACAAAAGCCAAGGAAAUGAAGACGAACUUCAAGCAAGGUCUAAUUUCUCAAUACAUCAGAAAGAGUUGAAAGAUGAAAAAGAAGUUCCGCAGCAACAGCAAUCUGUUCCAGGAACUUAUUCUGAAAAUUCAACUUUCCAUCACCCCCAAAGAGUUCCUAACUCUGAAAAUCCAUUUUUUCUUAAGAUGAGUGGUUUUCAGAACUUCCCACCUAUAGUUACCACUAACAAACUUGUCUCAACGGAUAAAAAGAAUGAAGCACUACACUCCAAGGUAGAUGAAGACAACAAGAAUACAGGUGGCUCACAUGACGAAACAAAAUAUGAGGAGGGAAGUCGAAAAAUAUCUAAUGCAUCGAUUGCAAACACUGAAGAUCAUCUUUCUAAUGAUACAAAACAUUCUGAGUCUUCAAACAAAUCGAGCAAUCACACUAAACAAUCUAAAUCAUUUUGCAUACAAAGUAAUCUUUCAUCGGCAGUCCAGGUAGACGCAAAACCUGAGACAGAUUGUGUUGAAGAAAAUUCAACCCCUUCUUCUGAAAGUGAAUCAAAUUUCCGAAGUGAUCCAUCAUCUAUAGAUGAAGUUCCAUCAAAGAGUCAAAAAAAGGAAAUAUUUAUUUCAAGCGAGAGUCUUCAGGAUUCGAUGCAAAAUAGCAAUAAUUCUUCCAAGGAGCAUGCCUCUUCCUUGUCACCUGAAACAUCUGUUGUUGCUCCAGAAAAUCGAAAAAUAGCUGCUACUUUUUUGCAUUCUAAGAAUACUCAGUAAAAGGAAUCAAUUGAGAAACGCUGUCUAUCGAGUAAAUUAAACCUUUACUCAUAAAAUUUGAUGAUAAAGACGAUUGGAAGAUCCAACGAUGAAGUGAAAUAUCAUUCGAUAUUUUGCAAAUGAACAUCAGAAAAAUCAUGUGUUUGUUUAUAUAAAGCUUUUUUUUUGUGUUUGAGUCAGGCGUAUGCAGUUUUUAGAUUCCUGUAGUUUCGCCUUUUCCAUGAUUCCCACCAAAGAAUAAUUGCAAUAAAGGCCUUAGAUCUCGAUAAGUAUUUUUUUACCAUAGUGUGAAAAAUCAAUGCUUUAAUAUGAUAGAGCAAAGAAAAAAUAAGCAUGUAGUAUAAGCAGAUAUGAGUUUGAAACUUAAGUCUCCUCUCCCCCAUUUCCCUUAUUCCCUUAUUUUGCAUGAUCAUUUAUCCUUUUCUUCGUAUAAUCAUGCAACGUAUAUUCUCAAUAUAUUAGCUUUCAUUUGUAAGUAAAUUAGCAUUACCGUAGGACAAUCUUACUCUCCUAACAUGGCACACAACUAUAAAAUAUCAAUAGAAAAUAUUUGUCACCAUAUAUUAUAAGAAAACUAGAAAUAAACAAGUUUUGCUUAAUCGAAA